UAAUCUUAAAUUAUUCAUAUUUUAAUAGACGCAUUGCACUUUCCACGUUUGCGUAAUUUAUUUCUCUUCCACUCUCUCUCUCUCUCUCUCUAAACCGGAAGAAAAGCCAGCACAAAAUUUCCUAAAUUUCGAAAACCCCAGAUCUCUCUCCUCCUUCGCCUCCUAAUUAAUAUCGCUUUCCGCCGUGAAACGGUGAUUGGAUUCAAUCUCCGCCGCCGACAGCCGGAAUCUUUAACGCGAUCAGUUAUCCGGCGGACUGCAGCGAUCCGCUUAGAGAUGAGUACCUGCGAGCUCCUUGAAAUUGAACCUCUCGAACUUCAAUUCGCAUUCGAAUUGAAGAAGCAGAUCUCAUGUUCGAUGCAAUUGACGAACAAGUCUGAGAAUCAUGUUGCAUUCAAGGUGAAGACAACAAAUCCGAAGAAGUACUGUGUGAGGCCAAACACUGGAGUCGUGAUGCCACACUCUAGUUGUGAUGUCACAGUUACCAUGCAAGCCCAAAAAGAGGCUCCACCGGAUAUGCAAUGCAGGGAUAAGUUUCUCCUCCAGAGUGUAGUGGUGAACCCUGGGGUAUCUGCAAAGGAUAUUACUCCAGAAAUGUUCAACAAAGACUCGGGGAACCAAGUAGAUGAAUGCAAAUUGAGAGUAGCCUAUGUUCCACCCCCUCAACCACCUUCACCAGUGCGAGAGGGUUCAGAGGAAGGUUCCUCCCCAAGGGCAUCGGUGUCAGAGAAUGGGACUGUAAAUCAGUCUUCUGAUUUGAACGUGAUGUCAAAAGGAUUCCCUGAAACAAAUGAAGUCACAUCAGAGGUGAAGGCCCUCAUUUUGAAGCUGACUGAGGAGAAACAAUCUGCUAUUCAGCAAAAUAACAGGCUUCAGCAAGAACUGGAGCUGGUGAGACGUCAAGGUCAAGGUCAAAAAAGCGCUGGCGGUGUCCCCAUCAUGUAUGUCAUCAUCGUUAGCUUGAUCGGGAUCUUGUUGGGGUAUCUUUUGAAGAGACCGGAAUUUUUGACACGAUCAAUUUGCCGGCGGACAGCAGCGAUCCGCGUAGAGAUGAGUAACUGCGAGCUCCUUCAGAUUGAACCUCUCGAACUUCAAUUCCCAUUCGAAUUGAAGAAGCAGAUCUCAUGUUCGAUGCAAUUGACGAACAAGUCUGAGAAUCAUGUUGCAUUCAAGGUGAAGACAACAAAUCCGAAGAAGUACUGUGUGAGGCCAAACACUGGAGUCGUGAUGCCACACUCUAGUUGUGAUGUUACAGUUACCAUGCAAGCCCAAAAAGAGGCUCCACCGGAUAUGCAAUGCAGGGAUAAGUUUCUCCUCCAGAGUGUAGUGGUGAACCCUGGGGUAUCUGCAAAGGAUAUUACUCCAGAAAUGUUCAACAAAGAGUCGGGGAACCAAGUAGAUGAAUGCAAAUUGAGAGUAGCCUACGUUCCACCCCCUCAACCACCUUCACCAGUGCGAGAGGGUUCAGAGGAAGGUUCCUCACCAAGGGCAUCGGUGUCGGAUAAUGGGACUGUAAAUCAGGCUUCUGAUUUGAACGUGAUGUCGAAAGGAUUCCUUGAAACAAAUGAAGUCACAUCAGAGGUGAAAGCCCUCAUCUCGAAGCUGACCGAGGAAAAACAAUCUGCUAUUCAGCAAAAUAACAGGCUUCAGCAAGAACUGGAGCUGCUGAGACGUCAAGGUCAAAGAAGCGCUGGCGGUGUCCCCAUCAUGUACGUCAUCAUCGUUUGCUUGAUCGGGAUCCUGUUGGGGUAUCUUUUGAAGAGAACAUAAUCACCCGAUGCGUUUGUGUUACUACAUUCAGUUAUCAAAAUCAGUAAUUGCUCAAGUGCAUUUGUUGUGUGACUAGCUUUAGCCUUCUUUUUCAGUUAUUUUUUACAAGGAUACAUAUAUUUUUUCACAUUAUUACAACUGGGUUUAGUACUUUUAGGUUUUACUUGUUUAUCGUGAUUGAUUGCGUCUCAAUCACUAGAAUGCCUGAUUGUUUGCAGAUGAGGUUGGAACUUGUAUAAUGGUUAGCUCAGAUUAUCAA